AUGGAGGUAGCCGAAAGCAGAGAGCCUGUUUCGGUGGGUGCGCCAGCUGGAGCAGACUCUGCUGUCACCAAUGGCGAACAGAACCUUCUGCUAGACGAUUCGUUUAUGGCCGAUGACAGGUCCAGCAGUUUGAGUGAAAUUGAUGACGUAUCUGAAAAUAUCCCCUCCGAUUACGAGUCUCCGAAGCCCGAGAAGGUGGCGCCGGAGAACGACUCGGAAGCGGAAACGGAGCGCAUCGAGGACUCUCCAAAUAUUCGCUCCAAAACAAACAUCGUCGUAAGCGCGGCCGGUUACGAGCCAAGUCCCAGCAAACUGGCUCAGUCGACGACCUACGAUGAUGUGGAAUAUGAUGAAGAGCAGGUGGCGGACGAUUCGCCCAGUAAGCCUCGCGCCAAAACUACUCGGGCCGCCGAAGUGGUCGAUGAGACUCCUGGGGUGGAGGACUCUGCUCUUUCGGAAAGUAUUGGCAAGAAGCGCAAGCGACUCGAGUCCGGCGAUGAGGGGGGCACCGAGAUUGACGAAGAAGACUUGCCGCCCCAGAAGCGCCGUGGCUCGGUCAAAAGCGAUCUAAGCGACCCUCCUCCGGACGAUAUCGUGCUCACACCUGAACCAAUGGAAGAACCUCCCAAGACUGUGGAGGAAGAUACCGCAGCCGACGACAUUCCCGAAUCGACCUUGCCCAUUGUUCCUGCGAAAGGCAAGAGAUCCAAGAAGGGUAAGCGGAAGGGUCGGAAAGCCAGAGAUGCCGAUGAUGAGCUCGAGAACGGUGCGCUUGAGACGGGUGCAGAGGCCGAUGAUCUUGGCGAUGAUGAUGCUGCAGACCGCGGUGAAGAUGCGGACGACGGCGAAGCUGCCGCCAAAAUCGAGGAAGAGUCAGCCAAGAGAAUAUCUGCCAUGGACUCGCUGGCCGUAUUAGAACGGGAGUUUGCGACCCUACGAGACAAGAUUUAUGACGAAAGGAUUUCAAAACUGAACCGAGAGCUGGAGAUGCUCGACGAAAAGAAUCCUACACAUCCCGAGUACUUGCGGCAGCUUGAAUGCAUUGGGCGUUAUCGCGAUACCAAGAUAAAAUACGAACAGACGCUGUUUCAGUACAGGGUGAAAGCUCUCUUGAACAAGAGCAUGGCAGAGCGGGCUCAAGCACACAGCACGUUCUUUCAGCGGACGCGGGACAUUCGCGAGAAACAUUCAAGCGCUAUCAGCAAGCAGUUCUAUUCCAUCCAACACGAUCGCUUCAAAACGGACGAGGUCAGCCCGCAACAUUACAUUCCAUUCCCGAUGCGCCGUUCACAGCAGAUUGCCUACCAAACCGCAUACAACCAGGAGGUGUCGAUCAUGGCUGGAGUUGCCAAAUAUGUUGGCUUCCCGGCUGCGCCUGCGCUAUCGGCCGCGCGGCCAUCCGAGCUUGACGAGGAUAUGGAGAAGAUGGGUAUCUCCAUUGAACCGAAGGUUCCCGUUUCACAGGCCCAAUCCACGCUCCCGCGGGGUGCCAUGCCGGCCAUGUCAUCGAACGUCUUCCGCACAGCCGCAGAGGAGGCUUUCCUGGAGCAGACCCCAUGGGCCAACCCGCAGCAUCCCAUCCAUCAGCACCAGCAGAUGCCUCAACGACCGCAAAGCCGGGUGUUUGAGAAUCCCCGAGCUCCUGUUUUUACGACUCCGGCCGCACAAAAGCGCGUGGUCGAUAUACAUGCCCCCAACGGCUCCGCGUCCACGAUUGCAGAAAACUCCUCUGCGAACAACACCCCUUACGAUCAAGAACAACAUCCCCACAACCCCGAGCCUUUCGCCAAUCCCGAUUAUGAGGCAGAGCGGCAAUCUGGGUUCCGAUCAUUAAGCUCCUCCCCACUCGACGUACGCAAACCACAUCCCGCCCCGUAUAAUCCUACUACCCUCGGCCACCGCUCUCCGCAAGGACCCUCUCAAAAUGCAGCCUAUUCACCCCCAUCAGCGCGACUCGGACUAUUCCAGUCGGCUGCCUCCAAAAGAGAUCCCUCCCCACCCCUCUCAUCCCGACCGGUCAACUCCAUUCAUCAGUCAGCGGGUAUCCUUGGCCCUGGGUCGAACCAGAUGGCAGCGCGAUAACCCACCUUAACGUCAUUUCUCCGAGGGGUGGGAUCUCCCACAUCUCAUUGUACAGGGCUUCGCUUUCCGGUGUUGUAGAGUGUUUCUUCUAAUGUAUGUACGGUUUUGGCAUGUAUGACUGGCAACAACAGGGACGAAUUCAAGUGAUCUUCUGCAAUUUGUGCUGCUUCCUUUCACAUCUCUUUUUGAUGGGAACUGCUUUGGGCAUGUGUGAAUACAGGGCGAAUGGAUGCAUCGGGGUUAAUACUUGCUGGGGUUUUUUGCUUUCCACAAUCUCUUUUUCUCUUUCCUGACUUGGACUUGCUGUUUACGAUACAUACAUAUGCCACGGUGUUAUGUCUACUUACAGUUUCAUUGGCGUUGCGAGGAGAUGUAUUUGCUUUGCUUUGCGGUAAGCCGUGCAUAGGAGGUUUAGAUU